AGGGGCUCCCUGUGACGCAAUGCGCCUUCGGGGGAAGCCCGCCAGCUGGGCGCCAGAUUCUGCUCCCGCGGGCGAGACCGGCGCGAAAGGCGGCCGGAGGUUCGGCGCCUGUUCUGACGACCCCCAGGGGAAGACGCGUGUCGCUGCCAAAGCCCAUAAACCGAGCUGGGAAAUGCCCGGGCGCCGCGCCUUGGAGCGGCUUACCGUGGCGCUGCUGCCCUUGUCGCUGGCGGUCCUGCUGGGCGUGGCCCCCGGCGCCUCCCCGCUGGACAACGGGCUGCUGAGGACGCCCCCGAUGGGCUGGGAGCCCUGGCUGCGCUUCAAGUGCAACACGGACUGCGGGAAGGACCCCGAGAACUGCAUCAGUGAGCACCUGAUCAAGGCCAUGGCAGACCGGCUGGCUGUGGACGGGUGGAAGGAGCUGGGCUACGAGUACGUCACCCUGGAUGACUGCUGGGCGGCUGGCAAGCGGGAUGCCCGCGGGAGGCUCCAGGCAGACCCCCAGAGGUUCCCCAGCGGGAUGAAGGCCCUCGCUGACUAUGUUCAUUCCAAAGGCUUGAAAUUCGGCAUCUACAGCGACUUGGGCAACGCCACCUGUGCAGGUUAUCCGGGCACAACCCUGGAUACUGUGGAGACAGAUGCAAACACCUUUGCAGAGUGGGGAGUCGACAUGCUAAAGCUGGACGGCUGCUUCUCCGACUCCUCCCUCAAGGCCAUAGGCUACCCCAAAAUGAGCAGAGCGCUGAACCAAACUGGGCGGCCCAUAGCCUUUUCUUGCAGUUGGCCAGCUUACGAAGGGGGUCUUCCUCCAAAGGUGAAUUACACCUUACUGGGCCAGAUUUGUAACUUCUGGAGGAAUUACGCCGAUAUUGAAGAUACUUGGGACAGCCUCUUCCACAUCAUUGAGUGGUACGGAGACAACCAGGAUAUCCUGCAGCCAGCCUCGGGGCCCGGAAGGUGGAAUGACCCCGACAUGGCCGCCUGGAAUCCUGUCUCCUUCCAGCUGAUCGUCAGCGACUUUGGCCUGAGCCAUGAGCAGUCGAAGGUGCAGGCGGCGCUGUGGGCGAUCCUGGCAGCCCCUUUCUUCAUCUCCUGCAACCUGAGGAACAUCUCGGAGGAGGCCAAGGACAUGCUGCAGAACCCGCUCCUGAUUUACAUUAACCAGGACCUGAGGGGAGUUCAAGGCAGACUCCUUGUCAGGAAGCAGAACUUUGAAGUCUGGAAGAGGCCCCUGGUCAAUGGCCAGUAUGCGGUCGCAGUCCUGAACAACAGAACUGAUGGGGCCCCACGGUCAUUUGCCACAACUCCCGGCCGCCUGGGAAUCUCGGACUGCAGAGCAGGCUACAGGCUCUACGAUGUGCUGGGCAAGCUGUCCAUGGGCGUUUACGCCUUCAAUGACACCAUCAGCGCCAAGGUGACGCCCACUGGGGUACUGCUGCUCUUCCUGAACCCACUGUGCUAAUCCUGUCAUUGCGGAAGGCGAGGGAGCCCAGGGGCGUUUCUGGGAAGGACCGGCUGCUUCCUCCUUGCAGUGAAGCUUAAGCCCCAAAUCUCUUUUUUCUGAAAGGCCACAUUCAGCUUCCACUUGGAGACUCGGAGGGAGGCGGCCAGCAAAGCCAGCAAAGGGUCUGAAAAGCAGCCGUGUUGUGCAAGAAUAUAUCUCUUAUUUAAGUGGAGGAAGGCCACAACAGCAAUAAAUAACCCUGAAGAUCUCCCUGCUCCAACAUCCACCUCUAUGGCUAACACUUCAGUGUGCACAAGCUGCCAAUUUGGGGUUUCAAUGCGCCAUCUUGCAGUUACCCAUCGAAACAUAGAGGGCAACCUGGAGGCUUCCUGAAAGACCCGUUGCCACAUGACUAAUGCGAGCACCUUCUGGGGAGCGUUGCAGUUCUCUGAUUGUGCCUUGUGGGAAUUUGACAAAUGCUAGAAUCCUUUACAGCAAACUGGGUUUCCACAGGGAAGGAGAUCAACAUGAGAAACAAUCUUUUGCAUGCAGUAUCGGAAGGGUUGGUACACAAAGUAGUCGGAGUAGGAUUAGCCUUUUACUUAAUAUCUUCUGGGCUAAAUGGCAAAAGUUCAAAUGAUGUAGGAAAUUAUAGGUUGUCUUCUUGGUAAACCAACUGAGUUAUUAAUUCAGUGAUUAUAUUUAUAUGAGACACCCAAAAUCAAUUUGGAAAUGAUGACUAAUAUAUUAAUGAUAACCAAAUAUAUAAUUGCAAAAUGUAUCCGGUCUAAAUGAUUUGUUAAUUGCAUUUAUGCAUGUGACUGUUAGAAUGAAACUUGCACCAGUUUUUGUAAUCAUUAAACUGGAAAGUCUGUGUUGAGAAGUGCACAGCUUCCUGCUCAUCAGUGGCACCUGAGGCAAUGGCAGCUCCCCCUCUCCCUCCUCCCUCAGCCGGCCUUCCAGGGGGCCACCAAGAUGGGCUUUUUGCCAGACGCUGGAGGGCAUCCCUGGGAGAUGAAGGAGGCGCCAGGUUGUGUUGUGUUUUACGAUUGUUUAGGGUUUUUAUUGUUGUUGUGAGCUGUGCAGAGUUCUGUUUUUAAGAUGGCCAGCCAUGUGACUCUAAAAUAAAUAAAUUAAAAUCA